AGACGGCGGAGAGAGGAGAGUGACGCUCAGGCAUUCAUCAGCCACAUCUCGCAGUGGGAGGGGAGAGGAGGGGGACUGAAGCCUCGGAGCUCUCCGGUAACAGAGACAGUAGACGGCACUGACUCACGCAGCACGUUGUUGGACCCUUCCAGACCUGCAGCUGAAAACCCGACGGGAGAGCGAGGAGGAUAAAGACACAAUAAGAACUUUUAUCCCAUUUUUCUUUCCUUUCGAAGGGGAUAUUAUCUUUGAAAUCCUUUCUGGACAGCAUCGUUUUAACUCUGAGCGCUAAACAAAUCAGAAUGUGUUUUAGUUAUUCAUAAACACCAGAUGGCGGUGAUUUUAAACGUUAUUUGAGAGAGUGUUGGGACGGGAGCAGGUGUUUUUCCCCACUCCGUCGCAAAAUUACUCCAAAAAAAAAAAAAACUGCAGAAGAUUAUUUUUUGUUUGUCCUCAAUUUUGACUAAUUUAACUCACUCUAACCGAGCCACUUCAUCUCCUAUUCUUCUUAUUUUUCUUCCACCACCAAUCGCCUCCACUUGCUUAAAACCAGCCACCGAGGGGACAAGAGUACAGUCUGCCUGCGAGCGGUCAAAGGAAAUGAAAACAAUCUGCUGAAGGAUGCUACUUCCAUAGACAGUCCGAACAGCCGCUGUCAAUAUGUUCAGGCGAGGUUAUGGCGGGGUGGAGUUGCUGCUGGUGCUGUGGGGCCUGGAUCUCUCUAUGCCCUGCCCCCGCCACUGCAUCUGCUACACUUCACCUAGCACCGUUUCCUGUCAGGCUCACAACUUCCAUGCCGUGCCCGAGGGCAUCCCCGCUCAGAGUGAGCGUGUCUUCUUGCAGAACAACAAGAUCCAGCGGCUGCUCCGCGGCCACUUUUCGCCCACCACCACCAUGCUGUGGCUUUACUCGAACAACCUCUCCUACAUACAGCCGUCCACGUUUCACGGCUUUGACCGGCUGGAGGAGCUCGACCUGGGGGAUAACCGGCACCUGAAGGCCGUCGCCUCAGACACCUUUAUGGGUCUGGGUCGGCUACACGCGCUGCACCUGUACCAUUGUGGCCUCAUCAGUCUGCCCCCAGGGAUCUUUGCUGGUCUACAUAAUCUUCAGUAUCUCUACCUACAGGAUAACCAAUUAGAGUUCUUAGAGGACGAUUUAUUCAUCGACCUCCUGAACCUAAGCCAUCUCUUCCUGCACGGGAAUCGGCUUUGGAGUCUUCGCCAGAACACUUUCCGAGGAUUGGGCGUCUUGGAUCGACUCCUUCUGCACCAGAACCGAAUCCAGUGGGUUGAUCGGCAGGCUUUCCAUGACCUUCGGCGUCUCACCACGCUCUACCUGUUCAAUAACUCCAUCACUGAGCUGUCCGGUGCCACCCUGAUGCAGCUGCCGGCCUUGGAGUACCUGCGUCUAAAUGACAAUCCCUGGGAAUGUGACUGCAAGGCGUUAUCCCUCUGGGACUGGCUGCGAAGGUUUAGGGGCUCCACAUCCACUCUGAUCUGCGUUUCACCGCCGGAGUUGGCAGGAAAGGAUAUGAAGAUGGUGAAGAAGGAAGAGCUACCCAGCUGCUUGUCAAAUGAGGGUCACAGAAGAGGCAACUCUGGAGGGGAGAUGGAGCAUGGAGACUCUUUAAACCACCUAAACCGCCACCGAAUCCAUCACAACCAUCAUCAGCGGCCGUACCUGCCGCAUGGGGACCAGUACAGCUUGCCUUCGCCGUCACCCCUGCCGCGUCCACCGAAGGGAAGCCGCAAAAACUGUACCCGCCGGGGCCGUAAGGGAAAAGGGGGGCUCAAUGAGGUACAGGUACUUCAGGAGGGGGAUGAGAAGGACUACUCUCCAGAUGGAGGUAAAUAUGAUAUGUCUGCAUCCUCAAGAAGGAGAAACAAGUGCAUCCCCAGAACUUCUGUUGGUCCACCAAGUGGAGUCCAGAGAGCUAAUAACACUGGAUCCCACGCAGCAGCAUUUAUUCCCUGUUUGUCAUCAGCUCUGUUUUUGUCAAUCUAUUUUGUGAUCCUGCGCUGAAACAGAACCCAGACACUUACGUGCUAAUGAUGCAACCUUAUUAUUAAUUCUCCUAAAAAAAAUAAAAAAUACCCUGUCCUGGCUAUUUAAGGAGACAUGUGGACAACCAAGUGUGUACUUGACACUGUUUUGGGAACAUUGUGAAGUAUUCCUGUGGUAAAAAUGCAGGGAUUCUUAUGUGUCAAAAGAUGGAAGUCAGGGAGCGCCACUCAGCCCACUGUUUUGAUGAUGUCAGCAUAGAAACAACAGGGAAACUUCUGUCUCUUUGGCAUCAGUCACUUCAUCAAAUUUAUGUACUCAUAAAAACUGUACAGCCUCAUGAAAUAAUGAGCCAAUUAUUCAUUCAAAUUACAGUGAGAGCACACAGUAAGUAACAAAACAGCUAACCCUCUUGACUCAGUAGUGCUCUCACAGCACAGCCUUGAUCUGUCACUCACACUAGGACAAAGACAGUCAUUUAAAGCUGUCUCUUUGCUCACUCAACAGCACCUUAAGAUCAAGAAACAAAGUACCGCAGACACUGGUGGCAGGAAAAUGAGUCAUUGUGAAGAGUUUCAGCGGUAAUAGCUGUAAUCACUAUCAAUCCGCCGGCAAAUUGGCUCUGCACCCACGUCUCACAGCAGUUUUAAUGCACAUCUGUACACUUUGGCAUCUAAAUAAUACAGCUGAAAUUGUCACACAACAAUAUAACUGUCAGUUCGUCAAAGCAGUCCAGUCGAAAGCUAUCAUUUGUCCUCAACUUUGCAUACCAACCUAAAAGCCAUUCCAAGCCAACAAAUCAUUCUAAAGGCCAACUGGUCUCAUUCAGCAUCCUAGAGUGAGUGAAUAUUUCUGAGAAACUGUCGUGUAAUUGUGGGUGUAAAGUGGAAAAGGAAAAUAAAUACUCUAAAGCCAUGUGGAUACAACAAAGCUAGAUAAAAAGAGUGCCUGAUGGGAGCCAGUUAUCCUAUGAACAACAUCUGGAGGCGAGAGGCAAUUUCAUUCACUCUGCAACUUCUCUUGGUUGAGCACCUCUCUGCAGGCUAAGAAAAAGCAGGGGAUUUAGUCUCAGUCAUAAAACUUCUCAUUCACUGAAAGUGAUGUGCGCUUCUCUCUGUAAUGCAAUGGAGGUUUGUGUAUCAUUCAAAAGCACCGGUCAGUCCAAACAGUCACAGAAAACAGAUUCUGUGUCAGAGGUUUGAUCAGCCUCUGUUGAGUAAAAAGUAAGGUCAGAGUGUGUGACGAAUGAAGGAGCUUGCGGUCUCCUCCUCUCUGGUUUGUUAACAAGGACUUGUUGAUCUUCAAGCCUGUUUGAAGAGUUGGAUUUUAUCGCUGCUAGGUCUGAAGAGAGGAAAUCCCUGUGACAUGUGGAGGCUAUGUGCUCUUCUCCAAGAAUUACGCAUGAAAAAAGAACAGUGGGAUACAGCACACCCUUUGAUAACAGAGCAGUUCAACAGUGGUCUUCCCCCGGAAAGUAAAAAAAAGACCAACCACCUUCACAGCAAACUUCAAACCCGGGACUCUCAUUUGGUUUUUUCUCCAGACAUCCUGUUUUUCUGUGCAGCUCACCUAAAGUCUCCACCACUCAAUUGAAAUAGGUGGAAACUGAUAACACAAAUCAUAACUUCAUAAUUUUCUACAGCAAAACAAAGCAUUGUUGUCUUUAUUUGAACUAGCUGCUCCUCAUAAGUAGGGAUGCGCCAAUAAAUUGACAUGUGACAGGAAGUGGACAGUUUUCAGCUUCAAUACCUCCAGUAGGCCACCAGCCAUUUGGAAACUCAAAUUUGGUUGUUGCUCUGGUUGAACUCCAGAGAUCACUCAAAAGUACAAAAGACUCAAAGUUAGCUAAGUUAGCUCAGGAUCAAGUUUAAAAAUAAGACAAGAACAAAUAAUAAGAUCAAAGAAGCAACACUUUUUCUUUAAACACGCCUGUAGUUAUUUAUUUUGAAAGAGGGAGAGUUUGAUUUUCAGCUGAUAAUAGAAAGGCUGAACAGAGUCCAGAAAAAUGUCUUAAUUUUAUCCUUUUGAAUAUUCUACCCUGGUCUAUCUUGGCUGCCUUUUGGAAAUCUCAGUUAAAUGAUCAGUUUGGAUUGUUUAAUUUAGCACUAACAGCUGUCUUUCCUGUUGUAGACAGAUUCACCCGAGGUGAAUAAAUUCCCAAAGUGAAUCAAAUUAACCAUUUGUUUUAACUUAUUUUCUGAGGUUAAAAACAAUUCAAACUAAAAAUGAGCGAGAGAAACCUAUGUUAGCAACUAGAUUGUCACAUUAUACUGUUAUUGAUGAUAGUGAACUGGGAAGAAGUAGUUCCUCAUUGACCCCCUGGUUCAUGUCGACCAGCAGUCAAUAGAUGAGAGGUGGAGUCCAUUGACUGCUGGAGUAGAAACCCUUCAAGUGAGCCAGAGGUAGUAAGUGGGUAUUGAAGAUGUAUAGACUGCAACUCAUUAUCAGUGCAUCUGCACUGGUUUGUGCUCUAUGCAUAAAGGAGAAGGUGAAAAGGAAGAACAUUACUGCAGUUUUUCUAUCCUUUUGAUCCUGAGAUAAUUAUCAUCAUCAUCAUCAUCAUCCACAUCAGAAAAACAGCGAGCCUCUUUUCACUGUACAUCCAUAAAAAAUACAAUCUUGCUUUUAAAGAUACCUUUGUGCUCAUGAUCUGAGUACCAUUCCAAGAAACAUGAGCUGACAGUAGCAUUGAAUACAUUUUGGUCUAAUAUAAGUUAGUGAUCCAUUCAUUGUGUUUCAUAAACAUGUGGAGUAGUCAUACUAAUUGGUAAUAUCGGAUGCUAAACACAGUUUAAAAUGUGAACUCCAUUAUUAUUGUGUUACUUUGGCCCUGAAGCGCAAACCACUUCAACAAAUCACUACACACAACAACCUAUUCAAAAACAUGACAUUAACUAAGCACAAUUACAACAACAUUAACAAAAGAGAAGAUGAAAGUCUCAGUGGGAAAACUAAGACAUUCCUGAUUGGUUGAUAUCACUUUUGACUUUAGAACUGGAAAUUAUUCUAGCAUUCAUUCUUUCUCUUUGUUUAGAUGAGCAGGCAGAGAGUCACAGUGCUAUGCAUUGCCCAAACUGCAGAAAAAAAAACACCCAAAGCUUCGUAGUUUGUCCUGACUCAAAAUAUUCUUUGAUAGCCGUAGCUAUCAAAGAAUAUUUGACAUAAAAACAAGUCUCCUGAGUAUUCAUUUCUAUGGGUAGCUAUGUUAUUCUUCUUCUUUGUUUUAUAAUGGCAGAUCACAAACGCCUUCAAGGUGCAUACUGCCACCUACUGUAAAUGAGUGUGCAGCAUCAUUAACAAACAUGCAUCAAAUUCAGUUUUUUCUGGUAUUUGGUAUCAUGACGAUAAAUGGGUAAUGUUUUUGGUAGCUACAUUUGCGUCAUUGGUAACAUUCAUAUUUUCAACAAAUGCGCUAAAACCAAAAUAAUUUCCAGUUCUAAAGUCAAAAGAGGAAUUGCCCAAUCAGAGAUGUCUCAGGUUUCCCACUGGGACCUAUCUCUUCUAUUUUGUUAAUGUUGUGAUGUUUUUUUAAUUUGUAGUUGUAUUUUUCAAUUUGUGCCCUUUGGAGAAAAGAACCAGCACUCCUCAGGACCCCACAAGGGAAUAAGCGUGUUGGAUAAUGGAUGGACAGAUUUUUCCUUUUGUAGUUGUGUUUUGGGAUUUGUUGAUGUGUUUUGCACUUCAGGGCCACCAUAGUUUGUCUUUGGUUGAAAAACAAUCACAAAUCUUUUAACAGCUGUGUCACAAACACAGUCAGACAUCCCCAAAUGUGCUCCAAAUGUAAAUCAUUUCAACCACUGUCGGCAGGAAGACUAGAAAAAACAUUUUAAACGCCGUUAUCGACCUAGAAAUAAGAAUGAACUAAAAUCAGUGUCAGAUUUUAGCUUUACACAGGUGGAGAUCAGAUAAGCCUCAGAAUUAUGACUGGUGCAUCUCUACUUAUAAUCAAACAAGCAAAAAAUAACACAGUUAUGACAGGUCAUUUAAAAAAAAAACACAAAAAUUGUGAUCUGGUUUACAGACUACCCCAAAACAAACAGGUUCGUAUUGGACUCCAGAGGCAGGGGCCAUAUUUGUACCCCCGCUUGUGUGUGUUUCCCGCUGAGCCCCACCUUUUCGUGUCUAUCUAUCUCGAUGUCGGGAACAUUGGGCGGCCUGUCACUAUAGUGUCACUGUCCUGACAAAUAGGAUUAUAGGCCCCUAUACCAGUGAACUUUGUUUGUGCUGCUGUAAACCAAGAGGUGAUGUAAAUUGUGUCCGUUUAUUCCUGUGAGAAUGACUUUUGUAAUAAAACAAAAAAGAGAGAAAAAAAAAAGAGAGAGAAGUGGAGAAGCGAGACUCUGUUGUGUCUCACUUGUUCCCAUGAAAAAUGUACAGGGAGCUGAAGGCUGGAACUUUGUUAUUUUUUUAAUAUUCUUAUAAUUGUUUUCUUUUUGGGGCGGGGGGACUUUCAGUCUUUUUGAUUUGCUGAGUCACUCAAGAUAAACAGCACUGCAGUAUCCUAUGUGCUUCUCCUCCUUAUCUUUCUCCUUACUUUCUAUUCGUCAUCCUCUUUCUCCAUCUUUCCUCCUUGUUUCUCUUUCCCUUCUCAUCUUCCUGUGCCGCCAUUCUCUCUUUUCAAUAAGCACACACACACACACACAAACACGCACACACGCACACAUAUCUGUGUAUUAUUUUUCUCUCUUCCUUUGUGGAGCCCAAAUGUUUUCUAUGUGGUUAUCAAACAAUGCCAGACUGAAGCUGUUUAUAAAUAACAUUAAACAGAUAGUGUCCUCAAACGGC